GACAACUACGCUGUCAGUGCUGUGGCCGACGAUGAUAAACCCACAGGUGAACCGAGUCAGCUUCCCGCGACAGAUGCGGACUCACACAACUCGGUAGUUUCUUUGACUACCGGGUCUCCUGAGGCCGAAUUCGGUAUUGCCCCUAGUUUGUCCGGUGCAACAAUCGGACUGACCUCAUCGAUCACGUCUGCCGGUCGCGUCACACAAUCCUCAAUCGUAUCAAGGCCUAGCGCGAUCUUGAGCACGGGAACACCCGCUACCGCUCGAACAAUAACUACCGGUCUGGUAAGCACUAAUGCAACUGGAAUGGUGAGCCAAUCAUUAGCGUCAUCUAAUACCUCGUACACUGGAGCCGGCGGAGCAGCAGCUACACCUGGCACUGGAGUGAUUCACCGCACAGACAGUUCGUGGCACGAUGUAGGUAUCAUCAAAUCGACAAGCUGUACAGUGACCAUGUAUUCCGCCUACACAAAUGACGUAGGUGUUAAUAUGGAGGCUAUUGAUGCUCUUCAAGGCCCAAAUGGAAUCGGUCCAAAUGGUCUGACCACUCAGGGACCGAAGAUUCAACUUGCUCCGGGAACUGCUUACAAGUUUCGUGUUGCCGGUCUGAAUGCAUGUGGACGUGGGCCAUGGUCCGAGAUAAGUGCAUUCAAGACCUGUCUGCCCGGCUAUCCCGGUGCUCCAAGUGCGAUCAAAAUAACGAAAUCGGAGAGUGGUGCACAUCUGACUUGGGAACCGCCGCAGAAUACCGCUGGAAAAAUCACCGAAUAUUCCGUCUAUUUGGCUGUCAAGUCUCAACCGACAGGACAAGAAACCCUCGAGAAUAAGAUUACUUCCACUCCCGCCGGUAUGGCCUUCGUUCGCGUCUACUGUGGACAAGCACCAGCUGCCACAGUGAGCGCAUCCACACUAGCUAAUGCGCAUUUGGAUCUAAGCUCGAAACCGGCUGUCAUCUUCCGAAUAGCCGCCCGGAAUGAAAAAGGCUACGGGCCCGCAACACAAGUUCGAUGGUUACAAGAUGUGGCCACCUCACCAGUUAGUUCUGGUCCCACGCCAGCUCCGACCGCUACAGCUCAGUUGAAACGUUUACCUAGUUUGGGAGGCUCACAGGAAGGUGCCUACCCGACCCCGAGUAAACGCGUCAAAGGCGACGAAAUGCUCUAA